GCCAAUUAGGAGACGCAGAGCGCGGGCCCCCGAUGGUAGCAGCCAUUCCACCACCGAAGAAAGUGUCGGAGAAAGCCACCAGUCACAAGUCGAGGAGGAGAAAGUUCUCCGUCGGGAGCCAAUGAGAGGCGGGGUUACAGCGCGAGCGCGAGCCCCUCCGCCAAUUCCGGGCGAGGGCGGUGGAGUCCCGCGGAGCUCUUCCGAAUCUAGGCCGGAGGCAGUGUAGACGUCCACUCCAGGCGCGGAGGAGGCGGGCCCCGGGAUCCGCCGGCCAAUAGCGAGCGGGGGCGGGCGGGCACGCGCGUGGUGGCCGGCUUUAUAAGGGCGAGGAGAGCAGCGCGCGCUCUCGUGGCCUCGCUGUCCGGCGGCGCCAACUGAAGCGCUGCGCUUGCAGUCGACAUGCUACGCCGCUCUCUGCUCUUCGUGGCUCUGGCCGUGCUGGCCCCCGCGGGCGCUGAUCCCGAGGAGGAGGACCAUGUCCUGGUGCUUCACAAGGGCAACUUCGAGGAGGCGUUGGCGGCCCACAAGUACCUGCUGGUGGAGUUCUACGCCCCCUGGUGUGGCCACUGCAAAGCUCUGGCCCCUGAGUACGCCAAAGCGGCCGGGAAACUGAAGGCUGAAGGCUCGGAGAUCAGACUGGCAAAGGUCGAUGCCACAGAGGAGUCCGACCUGGCCCAGCAGUACGGCGUCCGUGGCUACCCCACCAUCAAGUUCUUCAAGAAUGGGGACACAGCCUCCCCCAGAGAGUACACAGCUGGCAGAGAAGCCGACGACAUUGUGAACUGGCUGAAGAAGCGCACAGGCCCCGCGGCCACCACGCUGCCGGACGGGGCUGCUGCAGAGGCCUUGGUGGAGUCCAGCGAGGUGACGGUCAUCGGCUUCUUCAAGGAUGUGGGGUCGGACGCUGCCAAGCAGUUCCUGCUGGCGGCAGAGGCCAUCGACGACAUUCCCUUCGGGAUUUCGUCCAGCAGCGAUGUGUUCUCCAAAUACCAGCUGUCAGGGGACGGGGUCGUGCUCUUUAAGAAGUUCGAUGAAGGUCGGAACGACUUUGAGGGGGCGGUCACCAAAGAGAAGCUGCUGGACUUCAUCAAGCACAACCAGCUCCCGCUGGUCAUCGAGUUCACUGAGCAGACGGCCCCGAAGAUCUUCGGAGGCGAGAUCAAGACCCACAUCCUGCUGUUCCUGCCGAAGAGCGUGUCCGACCGGGAGGGCAAGCUGAGCGACUUCAAGAAAGCUGCUGAGAACUUCAAGGGCAAGAUCCUGUUCAUAUUCAUCGACAGCGACCACACAGACAACCAGCGCAUCCUGGAGUUCUUCGGCCUCAAGAAGGAGGAGUGCCCCGCCGUGCGCCUCAUCACCCUGGAGGAGGAGAUGACCAAGUACAAGCCCGAGUCCAGCGAGCUGACCGCGGAGAAGAUCACGGACUUCUGCCACCGCUUCCUGGAGGGCAAGGUCAAGCCUCACCUGAUGAGCCAGGAGCCACCCGAAGACUGGGACAAGCAGCCUGUGAAAGUGCUGGUCGGGAAGAACUUUGAAGAAGUUGCUUUUGACGAGAGAAAGAACGUGUUUGUGGAGUUCUACGCCCCGUGGUGCGGCCACUGCAAACAGCUGGCCCCCAUCUGGGACAAGCUGGGAGAGACAUACAAGGACCACGAAAACAUUGUCAUCGCCAAGAUGGACUCAACGGCCAACGAGGUGGAGGCCGUCAAAGUGCACAGCUUCCCCACCCUCAAGUUCUUCCCCGCCAGCGCAGAACGCACGGUCAUCGAUUACAAUGGGGAGCGGACGCUAGAUGGUUUUAAGAAGUUUUUGGAGAGCGGCGGCCAGGAAGGGGCAGGGGAUGACGACGACCUGGAGGACCUGGAAGAGGCGGAGGAGCCUGACCUGGAGGAGGACGAGGAUCAUAAAGCCAUGAAGGACGAGCUGUGAGGCAGAGCCCAGCCGGCGCCCCGCCCCUCCGGCGCCGACCCUGCAGCUCCACUUCUGCCACGCACCGGGGGAGGACGAGCCCGACCGGAAAUGCAGGGAGCUUUCCGAAGCAACACCUCACCCGCACACACUAGUCCGCUGGAGCCCGCCCUCCCCUCUGCCUCUGGGCUGCCGGCGGGGCUGACCCAGGCCAGCCCGUCCCGCGGCCUCCGCACGGCCGCGCGCCUGCGCAGUCUCGCCCGGGCAGCGCUGCCUCCCUGUUAAACUGUCAUCCGAUCACUUCAGCGAGAUGCCACCUGUGGGGUUUUUAGACAUUUUGGGGUGUCAGGGUGUCCGUCCCACCUUGGCCGGGCCACACUGGAGACAGAUGUCCCCCGCAUGGAGAGCGACUGUGCCAUGCUGGACAGGCCCCUCCCACCUGUGGCAGUGUUGCCACAACUGUGCGUGGUUCCCACGCGGUCUGGUCAGCACAGACUUCAAGUCCUCUGUCCCUGGGGCCCUGCCACGAUGCAGGGGCUGUGGGCGCCGGCUGGGCCAGGACGGGCCCCCUCCGAGAGCCGGCUCCUGGCUGGGCCUGUGGCCCCCACCGUGCAGAGCCCAGGCCCCCCGCUUCCAGGCUGGGCAACAGCCAGGGACCUCAACCCAGUCAGCUGUCAACAGCUCUUCAGGCAUUUCUCCCACACGAUGGAAUUGGGACACAUCGGCCAAAUAAAGUGGAAGUUUUCACUGCC